AUGAACGCACUCGCCGUCCUGGUGCUCUGCGCAGCUAUUUUCCCGGGUGCCUGGGCCAGACCAACUACUGCAGUUGAAAAGUUCCUCGUUGAAACAGCGCCUGGCGAAACACGAUGGAUAACCGAGGCUCAAAAGCUAAAGUUGAUUGAAAACGGAAUUGGUUUCUUUGAUAUCACAAACGAGCCGACGGGCACUUCUUCUGUCACUGCUGAGGAAAUCGAUGUGAAAUUUCCUACAGAGUUAAAACGCCGGGAUGAAGUAAAUCCCCUUUUCAAUAAACUCUCCAUGGAUAACAUGAGGAAAGAUCUGCAAAAAUUUUCCUCAUUCCGCAACCGGUACUACAAGUCAAAAACUGGUACCGAGUCUGCACAAUGGCUGUUUGAGCAAGUUCAACGUGCUAUCAAAGACUCCGGAAUCCGCGAUUUCAAUGUUAAAAAGUUCGAACAUUCUUGGAGCCAGCCUAGCAUCAUUGCUACUAUUCCAGGGAAGAGUAAAAACACCAUUGUGGUUGGCGCCCACCAGGACAGUGUAAACGCGAAAGACCACCAGGGUCCUGCCCCAGGUGCUGAUGACGAUGGUAGUGGCUCGGUCACAAUCCUCGAUUCUCUUCGCGCUCUUCUUUCAUCCCCCAAGAUUCGUAAUGGAGAGGCCGAGAACACCGUCGAGUUCCAUUGGUACGCCGGCGAAGAGGCAGGAUUGCUUGGCUCGCAAGAUAUCUUCAGGUCGUAUAAAGAAAUGAACAAGCCUGUGAAGGCCAUGCUAAAUCAGGACAUGACGGGGUACACUAAGGGUCUAGAAGACGCCCGCUUACCAGAAUCCUUUGGCCUCCUCACGGAUAACGUCAACGCUGCUUUGACAGAAUUUACAAGACUUGUUAUUAAAGGGUAUACUGGUAUUACGUUCGUCGAGGGCAAAUGUGGAUAUGGUUGUUCUGAUCAUGCCUCGGCAACCAAGAACGGUUUUCCAUCCGCCUACGUGCACGAAACUGACAGAGAUCACGACAACAAAAAGAUUCACACUCCGGAAGAUACCAUCGAUAAGCUCAACUUCAAUCAUAUGGUGAAACAUGGGAGGCUGGUGGUUGGCUGGCUGUACGAGCUAGCGUUUGCAAAAUUUUGA